UGUGGACGGAUGGGCUACGUAAUCUUGAUUGAUGGCAGGCCCGGGGGUGUUGAGGAGUGUGACAGUGUUCCAAAUGCGUCGGGUGUGGCUGAGUCAGAUCCAGUGCAGUUCUCCUCCGAUCGAGCUCAACUUCACUUCCAAGUCCCCCCCCCCAACAAAAAAAACCAAAAACCAACAAACAAACAACAACAACAACAUCACCUCACUCACUCAAGAUGAUGGAAGAACUCGAUGCCAUGCAAUCCGAUCCAGUGCCAACCUUGGAAGACAGACUAGCGAACAUGGACUUCAGUGAAAAGAUGCUCGACUUGUGCUUCAUCUUAGACACCACAGGCAGUAUGGGUAGCUACAUCACAGCGGCUACACAGAACAUCGAACUGAUCUGCGACGAGAUUAUCAACUCUGAGCGACUGGCUUCACCUGAGUGUCUUCGGAUCGGAUUGAUAGCUUAUCGAGAUCACCCUCCACAGGACAUGUCAUAUGUCACGUUGAAGUUCGCUUUUACCUCGAAUCCUAAGGCGGUCAAGGAAAAUUUGAAAACACUAUGGGCAUCAGGAGGUGGAGAUGGACCGGAAGCGGUCACUGCGGCGAUGCAUGAGGCCUUGACGUUAGAUUGGCGGCCCCAGGCAAGUAAGAUGGCCGUUCUGAUCACCGACGCUCCUCCUCAUGGAAUCGGUGAAUACGGAGACGGUUUUAGUAGGGGCGACCCAUCCGGCCACGAUCCUCUGCAACUCGCUCGCAAGAUGGCUCAAACAGGCAUUAGCUUAUUUGUUGUAGCAUGUGAACCUGCCUUCUCAGGAUAUUCCUACUCCAACGAUUUCUUCCGAGCGAUUGCGAGUAUCACUUCUGCCACCAUGUUACCACUGACGACUGCCAACCUCCUACCACAUGUGAUCGUUGGCUCGGCAUUUGAACAGAUGGAUAUGGAGAGACUUAUCCGUGAGGUCGGCCAUGCUGUCGCCGAACGGGUUGCUGUCGGUCAGGAGAGCGUGGAUGAUAUCGCUAAAGAAUUACAUGAGAAACUCCUACUCCGUAACGAAAGUACUAAGCAGUUAAUCGUUGAAGACAUUUAUCGCGAUUCUCCUGAAGCUCGUCAUAACGUUGAAGUCUGGUCGAAUGCAUUUGACAUCCAAGCAGCAAAACCAAACCUCAAAAGAAUCAUCGGUUCACGAUUCACGGAUAAAUAUCUUCAAUCGCGAUAUUCAGCCGCCUCAACAACAGCAUCAUCAUCAGCCGCCAGGAUAUACCCACUUCCGCUACCAUCGAGGAAGAAGGUAGGGACGGGCUCGACCCGAAGACGGACGUCGACCUCCUCACCCUCACGCCAAGUGAUCUCCGAUUUCAAAGUCUUCUCGACCAACACGCCGAAGACCUUCUCAGAUCACAGUCGCUCCUCCACCUCACCACCAUCGAAACCGUUCCAUAGCUCGCCCCUCAAAGAUCGUAAUUCGUCUAGUUGGGCCGGUGGUGGUCUGUCGAGCGAUUCUGAGGCAGAUGAUGAGGAUGAUCAUCAUCAUCAUCUUGAUCAGCUUAAUCUUCAAGCCAAUAAACCGGCCGAUGAUCUCCGUUCUUCUAAACAACAGAACCCCUCUCAUCCUCCUACCAGCAAUCAAUCCUCCAAUCCCCCGCCCCAAGCUGUCGAUGUGAAACAAGAUCCUAUCUCGUUUGCUCAAGCUCGUAGGAUCACUACUAGUGCCGCUUGGAGAAUCAUUCGAACUUAACCCCCCUCCUCAAUCUUCCAACUCCACAUUGUACUUUUUUCUUUUCUUUCUUAAUCCUGUUCUUUGCUGGCCGUAUAUAAGUACUGUUGUUGAUUAAUUUGUACCCAUCAUAUCCACUCACACUUUAUUUUUCCUGUUCUUUCUCUUGACCUUUUUUUUGUAAACAAAAGGGUUGUGUACUUGGUUGAUUGAUUUUUUUUUUCUCUUUUACUUUCUUUUGUGUGCUUUUUGUUUGUUUGUAGGUUUUUUUUCCUAUGACUCAGAUCCUCUCUCUCACUGUUUGUUAUGUUCUGUUAAAAUAUAUACACACAUAUACACAUAUCAUCAUACAAAACAAAAGAGGUGAACCAUAUAUAUAUGUAUGUUUUCAUAUUAUAUAUAUGUACGUUACAUAAACAGAACAAGUAUUUUCUAUAUGAAUGAAUAAAAGGACUCCAACAAGCAUUCCAGUGUUUU